AUGGAACCGUUUCUAGCGCGUGUUUUGUCUGAUGGCGGGCGAUGAUAUUGAGGAUGAAUUGCAAGUCUUCGGUCUUGUUGUUGAUAAUAAGAUUGUCAUUGAAAAAUUCAACCAUCUUAAGGAUAAAUGGGGCCUAACUGCUAGUACACUUGCCGAAAAAUAUGUAGCAUUUCAGAGGAACACUGACUUGCCUGAUCAUAUUUCACAAAAGAACGUUGAAUUAUUUGAUAGAGAGACAUCAGCCAAACUUGAGGCUGUUAAGAACCGGACACCUAAACCUCAGGUUACCAAACCUACGAAGAAUUUGUUAACGAAAAAUAUGCUGCAAGAACUUAUGGUUGCAGAAGCCUGUGCUGAUCAGCAUGAUCUCUUAAGCUCUUAUGGAGUGUCAAAAGCCUUACCUCGUACUCCGGACGCUCACCCAGCUGCCUCAAACAAGGAAAAUAAGCCAGAAUCUAAUCUUCAAGAAACCCAACCCAUAACUUCGUAUCCUGCGGAUAUGACUGUUUUCCCUGUUCCUUGUGCACCAAGUGGUUCGAUCGAGUGGACUCCAAUUCUACUGACUGCGGAAGCUUAUUGCAGUGGAUAUAUGAAUCAACACGCGCUUGAAAAUGCCGAAAUUCUUGACAACUGGACAUGGCGAAUUAUCAAACGUGUUUUGGAUUCCAUACCUGAUGAAUUACUUGUUGAAAGUGAUCAGAAAACCCAACAAUCAUCCCAAACUAUAAAUCGGGAUUCCUUCCUAUCCUUGGUAAACAAAGGUGACUCUUCACAACUGCUGAAGACUGAAAAUUCAUCACUAGAACGCACAACGAUGUUACGACCAGUUUUCUCACGUCUUCAAGUUCCAUCUUUAAUUCCUGGUAGAGUUUCUGUUAAAUUAACAGUGCCUGUUAAGGUGCCAAUCGAACCCUCCCAGACGAAUGAAAAUAAAAGAGCCAUUAUUGAGACCAAAACCCGUUUACAUUUAUCAAAUGUUGCGCUGGUUGGAUUGCGUCGAGUUGAAAGAUCGGGGUCUGAAACAGAUGCUGUACAUUUGGAUUUAGGAUUUUCAAAGGAUCUGUCUUGCUAUUCUGUUUAUUCGGGUCAACCACUUUUGAUACGCGGUGUCAAUCCUACUGGUCAAUCUUUAGGCGCAAUGGAGAUAUUCCAGAUACCUAUCUCGAAGCCUCCUGAAAUUAAUCCGAACAACUGCAUGGAAAGCCUGCAUAUUAUGAUAGCUUGUGGCCCCUAUACACUUUCCACUUCACAUGAUCCUACAGGUCUCUUCAAUUUAUUACGUUCUGUGAAGCAGUCAAAACCUCAUAUUCUCAUUCUGCUUGGACCGUUUGUUGAUUCAGAGCAUCCUAGUAUUGAGUCUUAUUCCGAAACAACUUACGAAGAAUUGUUUCAAUCACGGGUGAACAGUAUUAGUGAAUGGUGUAGUCAUUUGUCAAUCAAAUUGGUAAUAGUCUCUUCCUGGAGAGAAUUACAUCAUGACCCAGUGUAUCCAACUCCGGCAAUCGAUAAGUCAUGGACAGAAAAGACACCUGACCUGCUCUCGUCAUACGAAAAAGUUCAGUUUGCACCUGAUCCUUGUCUUAUUCAGAUUGGGGAUUAUAUUUUCGGUGUGACAUCUGUGGAUGUGCUCAAGGAUCUUAGCUGUGAAGAAAUCAGUGCUGGUUGUUCUGGCAGUGACAGAAUCACCCGUUUAUGCCGGCAUAUUCUUGCCUCUGGUUCGUUUUAUCCGGUACAUCCUCCGGAUGAUGAUCUCCCACUUGAUUAUCCUUUAUGGGAUAAAUAUGCUCAGUUUUCUGUUACACCUCACUGUUUGAUUCUACCAUCAAAGUUGCGUCAAUUUGCAAAGGAUCAAUAUUGAUAGGUAUAGUGUUAUUGUACAAGAAGUGGCUAUCGUGGCUCGGUGGUGUAGUGGAGAGCGCUCUCGAGUUUGAAGCGAUCGCUUGCGAGUUCGAGUCCCGGUGGUAACAACAUCACUCACUGGGAGGCAGGUACAUCCAGCUGACGAGUCUCAAAUAGGGCAAAAUACGCAUCCUGGAUUCCACUGCUAGCCACUGCCCAUCAUUGUUAAUAAGUAAGUUUCCGUAUAAUAUCAGCAAACGAAGUAUUCAUCAAUCCAUCAAUAUCAACGUAGCAGUAGGUAUUACUGUGUAACGGUUUAAGUUGUCACACUUCAUGUCACCACAUCAAGUUAUAAAAUAGUAAGAGGAAAGAUGAAAAAAGAAAAGAAAAUCGGUCAAAAGCAGUAAAAGGGAAGAAUGAAGAAAUGCUGAAUUCAAUAUAGUGGUCAAGAUGAAAAUGAAGUGUCGAUACAUCUGCACCACUGACAUUGGUUCUGAGCCAUAUCAUCUAAAAUCUCCAACCAGUGGACCCUAAACGGCUAGUCUGCAUAUCCCAAGAUGGCUUAAACCAACAGUCAGAAACUUCUUAUGGUAAUGCCAUGUUUUAGUCUGUCCACCCCGUGCCUUUUUUCAUCCUUCACCUACUUUAGCUAACAUUGCGUGACAAGGCAGAUGGUGAGUCGGCAUGCACAACAUAUGUCGCAGCCCCCCGAAUCGAUGAGGGUUCCCGACUUCAUCAACUUAUUUU